AUGGCUAACCUGUCCACAGAAUCCAAAGCAGAGCUAGGGUUCCCUGUUCGGCGACGAGCCAAGACUUCCUAUGAGGAGCGCUACAAGGUUCCAUUGGGAAUUCCAGGAAAUGAGAGUCCGCUCUUGGAGAAGGUCGAGAGACGUACCAAAGAUCCAAUGUCGUAUAAAAGCGACGAGACGCAGCAUGGUUUGUUUAAACAAUUGGUUAAAGGAGCGACGAGGAAAGAGAGCGGGACGAGAGCGGUUGGGGCGCAAAGGGUCGACGUUGAUGUGGGAAUUGCUGGCUCGAGCACGGCGGAGAGGACUGACUCACCGGUCGACUCGUGUACUGUGGUUGCUGAUAUCCUUGCUGACUUGAAUACGGUUGAGGAGAAAUGCAUAUGGGCCCUCGACGCUCUUGACAGAACUAGGGCUGAAGGUCAAGUUGAACGUGGGUGCCAACCAAACUGUCUCGUGUCCCUUUGUCUUGGCCAGGAUCGCGAGAACGAGAAUGAGGGUGAUGUAGACAGUAAGGAGGAUCCAUCCGAGCCAAAGGAAAGCUGUCAUCCCGUUGUAUUGGUGACAGAAACUCCCAAUAGAGCCUAUCAAAGGUUGAUUAGAUACAGGGACAGCGGAAAUCGCUAUACUCACCUGGAAGUAGACUACAGUCGGGGAAAAAGCCGAUAUAAGAAGAAACAUACGCAGCGGCCGCUAUAA